AUGGGGCCAGAGUUAGUUUCUGAUACCGAAGAGAAGGUAAAACUGAUUCGAGAUCGAUUGAAGGAAGCAUCUGAUAGGCAAAAGUCUCACGCAGACCUUAAACACUGUGAGAUUGAAUUUUCUAUGGGGGACUAUGUUUUUCUUAAGGUGUCUCCAUGGAAAAAGAUAUUGAGGUUUGGGCAGAAGGUUGAGGAGAUCGAGUUUAGACCAGAUCUGACCUUCGAGGAUGAGCCAGUGCAGAUUUUGGACUGUAAGGUUAAAGUACUAAGAAAGAAGUCUAUUCCUCUAGUCAAAGUGCUUUGGCAUAAUCACAGUUCAGAAGAAGCCACGUGGGAACCCGAAGAGGCAAUGUGA